CUCUGCCAGUACCAAAACGGUUCUCUUAUCAAAGAAACGCAUAACCAAAAAACUGCAUUCAAUCACCGCCUUUUACCAUGGGAAGUGCUUGUUUUUCCUGGGACGUUUGUUUGUUUUUCGUCCUCAUUAAUACUUGUGAGGUGAUGGGGAAUGUUGGACUCGCAGAAGCCGAUGAAUGCUCUGAAGGCACGGAUGACUGUCACAUUGAUGCUCUCUGCCAGAAUACCCCCAAAUCCUUCAACUGCAUCUGCAAGCCGGGGUACAAGGGAGACGGCAAGCAGUGUGAAGACAUGGAUGAGUGUGAGAAUGAGUACAACGGAGGCUGUGUCCACGAGUGUAUCAACAUCCCGGGCAACUACAGGUGCACCUGCUACGACGGAUUCAUGUUGGCCCACGACGGACACAACUGUCUGGACGUGGAUGAGUGCAUGGACAACAACGGAGGAUGCCAGCAGGUGUGUGUGAACACCAUGGGAAGCUACGAGUGUAUGUGCAAGCAAGGCUUCUUCCUCAGCGACAACCAGCAUACCUGCAUCCACCGCUCCGACGAUGGAAUGAACUGCAUGAACAAGGACCAUGGCUGCGCCCACAUCUGCAGGGAGACUCCCAAGGGCGGGGUAGCUUGUGAGUGCCGGCCCGGGUUCGAGUUGGCAAAGAACCAAAGAGACUGUUCAUUGACGUGUAACUAUGGGAACGGAGGCUGCCAGCACAUGUGUGACGAUACGGAUGUGGGGCCGGUUUGUGGCUGUCACCAGAAGUACGCCCUGCACUCAGACAGCAAGACCUGCAUCGAUCUGUGCUCUGUUGCACCCCGAAAAUGUCGCCCGGAGUUUCAUGAUGACGAUGAGAGAGAUGAGGCUGCAAUUGAGAGCUCUGAGUUCAAUGCCACGUCAGUAGCUGAUGUGGACAAGCGGGUGAAACGGCGGCUUCUUAUGGAAACCUGUGCGGUGAACAAUGGCGGCUGUGACCGGACGUGCAAGGACACGGCUACAGGGGUCCGCUGCAGCUGCCCUGUGGGAUUCACCCUGCAGCCAGACGGCAAGACCUGCAAAGACAUAGAUGAAUGCCAGGAGGCGUUCAAUAACGGCGGCUGUGACCAUUUCUGCAAAAACACAGUGGGCUCCUUUGAGUGCAGCUGCCAGAAGGGCCACAAGCUCCUCACUGACGAGCGCACCUGCCAGGAUAUUGACGAGUGUUCCUUUGAGAGGACCUGCGACCACACCUGCGUCAACUACCCUGGCAGCUUCGACUGUGUCUGUCAGGAAGGAUACACUCUGUACGGCCUCACACACUGUGGAGACAUAGAUGAGUGCAGCAUUAACAACGGGAGCUGUGAACACAGCUGUGUGAACACACAGGGAGGCUAUGAGUGUCUGUGUCCGCCCGGUCAGAAACUCCACUGGAACAAGAAGGACUGCACCGAGGCGGUGAAGUGUUUGCCCGACGGGAAGCCAGCGCCGCGUGCCCAGCUCAGCUGUGACAAGAGAGGAGGGGUGGAGGUGUGCUCGCUCUCCUGUCCGUCCAACGCACUCUUCCUCGCAGACUCUGAGAACAGCUACACACUAAGCUGUGGUGUGCCGGUGCAACCUGGGAAGGCACCGCAGAAGAGGAACGCCACCACCGCCCUGCUCACCUGUGCAGAUACGUUACCCCCGCCCAUCAAGCAGAAGGCCCGCUUCAAGGUCAAAGAUGCCAAGUGUCACCUGAGACCCAGAAACAAGGAAAAACACAGAGAGACGUCCAAGCCGGUUCUGCAAGGUGGUCCGCUCCCGUGUACUGACGACUGCCAGGUGACCUUUGUCAAUCUGAAGUGUGACUCGUCCAAGAAGCGGCGGCGUGGACGCAAGUCCCCUUCCAAAGAGGUUUCCCACAUCACAGCUGAGUUUGAGAUGGAGAUGAAGGAAGCCUCAGGUCAGUGUGACUGUGCAACCUCAGACUCGUGUAACGUGGAGUGUGUGAGGGAGCGUAUGAAGCAGAGGUUACAGAGUGCCAUGCGGACCCUGAGGAAGUCCAUCAACAAGCAGCAGUUCUAUAUCCAGUUCUCUGGUACCGAGUACGAGGUGGCCCAGAAACCUGCACUGCACGUUGAGCAAUGCAGCACCGGACAGGUCUUACGGGACGGCAAGUGUGUGAGCUGUGGUGUGGGGACGUACUAUAGUGGAGACCAUGAUCAGUGUGUCGUGUGUCCCCCUGGUACAUACCAGGACACAAUGGGCCAGCUGUCCUGUGAACCCUGCCCCAGCACCGAGGGACAGGGCAUCGCUGGGGCCAAGAACGUCUCCCAGUGCGGAGGCCAGUGUCCGGCUGGUCAGUAUUCGUCAGAUGGGUUCCGUCCCUGUAACCCCUGUCCCCUGGGCUCCUUCCAGCCGGAGCCUGGCCGUGUACUCUGCUUCUCCUGUGGAGGUGGCCUCAUGACCAAGUACGAGGGCUCUGUCGCCUUCAGGGACUGUGAGGCCAAAGUCCACUGUGCUCCUGGACACCACUACAACUCCAGUAACCACCGCUGUAUCCGCUGCCCAGCCGGUACCUACCAGUCAGAGUUUGGACAGAACUACUGCAUCACCUGCCCUGGCAACACCACCACCGACUUUGACGGAGCCACCAACGUCUCUCACUGCAAGAACCAGGUGUGUGGCGGUGAGCUGGGGGACUUUACAGGCUUUAUUGAGUCUCCUAACUACCCCGGGGACUACCCCUCCAAUGUAGACUGUAUCUGGACCAUCAACCCCCCUCACAAGAGACGCAUCCUCAUCGUGGUGCCUGAGAUCUUCCUCCCAAUCGAAGACGAGUGUGGAGACGUGCUCGUCAUGAGGAAGAGUGCCCUGCCCACCUCCAUCACCACCUAUGAGACGUGUCAGACGUACGAGCGACCAAUCGCCUUCACCUCCCGCUCACGCAAGCUCUGGAUCCAAUUCAAGUCCAAUGAGGGCAACAGCGGCAAGGGCUUCCAAGUCCCUUAUGUCACCUAUGAUGAGGACUACCAGCAGCUGAUAGAGGACAUUGUCCGGGACGGCAGACUCUACGCAUCAGAGAAUCACCAAGAGAUACUAAAAGAUAAAAAACUGAUCAAAGCCCUGUUUGAUGUUCUGGCUCACCCCCAGAACUACUUCAGGUACACGGCACAGGAGUCCAAAGACAUGUUCCCCCGCUCGUUCAUCAAGCUGCUGCGCUCCAAAGUCACACGGUUCCUACGGCCGUACAAAUAAACUGCCACGCCCCCUGUUUGUUACCCAGUCGCUUACUUACCCCUUAUGCUUAUCCAACGUCCCCUUUCCACCAUCUACUCCUCCCUCCUCUUCACCUACGUCCUUACCCCUGUCAACAUCCUCAUAUGUCUUCUACUCCCCCACGUCUAUACCCCUACAUCUCUCCUACAACCCAACCCGCCAAUCUAUCCCUCUCUUCUACACCCCCUCUACUCUGAAACACUUCUUCUACACCAAUAUACUUCUCUUACACCCCCAACCCUACCAGGAGUUCCUCGUGCUCGCUAUCCCAGCAUUCCCUGCACAGGAACAGAGAACCGUCUCCCUCUUUUUGUCUGCAGUCCUCAUUUCCAUCUUUCCCCCUGUACUUCUGGUUUGGUUUGUUUUUGUGUUGUUGUUGUUGUUUUGGUUAUAUUUAUAUGUGUUAGAACUUGCAGAAGCCCACAACAUGGAUGUUUGAUAUAUAUGUACGUAUACAGACAUGUUGGCUACAAGUAAAAUGUAUGUGUAUGUAUGUACGUAUGUAUAUUUGUGUUUGUGUGAGCAUACGUAUGUGCACGUAGAUGGUGUGCGAGAGUGACGUCACACGCAGGUACAUUGAUGUAUCUUUAUUUUGUUAUUUUGAAAGGCCCCUGGCGUGCACCCAAAAAAAAACGAUUGGUGCACUUAAAUCAUAUUUUACAUCCACAUUUUCACAUGGGAAAUCGUUUCGAAAGACAUUUCUAAUUUCAGCAUCCAAGACCAUUCCACCUCAAACUGAGUACAGUGAACGAAUAAGUUUGAUUUUCAAAAAAGUCGCUUUUUAAUUUUAUUUUGAAAGAUAUAUAACAAGAUGAAAAAAACUACCUGCAAGUAACAGACGUUGCUAUAGAGAGAAAUGUAUGUGAUGUAACUCAUAUUUGGAACUUUAAUUGCACUUGAAUUUUUAUAUUGUGAACUGUAGAAAAAAAUCUAAGUUACAUUAUUCCUUAUGUUUUGUGUUGUAUAGAAAUGUUUCACCUUGGUUGUAGCAAAAGAGAGAGACAAAAAUAUGUCCCCUUUUGUUCUCACAACAAAAAAACCCAGCAUUCAAUAUCUUUAGACAGACACCGUCAAAUCCACCCAUUUGGCCUGAAAAGCAGUAUUGCCAGUAAGUAAUCAUUUAAAGGGAAAUGUCCUUAACGACCCACUACUAUUUUAGUUGUGUGUGUGCUCCCAUCUACUAACUCUGCCUCAUCCCUUAAAGACUCUCCUGACUAGCUGCCAGAGGAAAGGGGUGUUUUGUGUAAAGCUUCUUUAAUGAUGGCACUAAGUGCACACUCAAAACCACCUGCUUUUUACGAGUGUCCACUCUCAAUCUGUCCUAUUUGGACUUCUCCCAGUUUCUGUAAGUCAUCAACCUAGACUGUUGAUUUAAUAUCUAUAACACAUCUGUUAGUUUGUUUAUAUUUCUGCACAAUGCAAGUGGAGCAAAUAUGUAUUGUAUGAUGACGAGACUGUUGAUUUGGAGGUGAAUGUAGUAGCAGAGGGACAGAGGUCUGUUUGAAAGUAUUGUGAUGUCUAUGAGAGUAUCUGUAUGUACAUAGCACUUGCAACUGUAACCAUAACCCAGAAAGAGCCCAAACUGACCUCAAGUAGUAAAACGUUCUGACAAAAUAUGACUUUCAUCGUUCAAUAAGGCCCGAGGGGGUGUGGUAUAUGGCCAAUACACCACGGCUAAGGUCUGUUCUCUGCACGACGCAACGCAGAGUGACUGGACACAGCCCUUAACAGUGGUAUAUUGGCAAUAUACCACAAACCCCCGAGGUGCCUUAUUGCCAUUAUAAACUGGUUACCAAUGUAAUUACAGCAGUAUAAAUACAUGUUUUGUCAUACCCGUGGCAUACGGUCUGAUAUACCUGUCAGCCAAUCAGCAUUCAGGGCUCGAACCACCCAGUUUAUAAUGUCUGAUAUACCACGGCUGUCAGCCAAUCAGCAUUCAGGGCUCGAGCCACCCAGUUUAUAAACAGUACAUCUAUUACACACCUAUUAAACUGCUAAUACUCCACUACUACACGGUUAUAAACAACUUAAAUUCUUUGUGCUGGGCACAAGAAUGAUAAGCAUAAUUAUCUGGCUUGUAUCUUCUUACCUAGAGGCCAUAUACUGAAGGCCACUGAUAUGGGAACAGAUAUAGUCACUCAUUCAUAAAUUCUGCAUUAUGCCCUAGCACUGAUCCAGGACCUGUUCAGCCCAGUCUAAUUGUGACCCCCACUGUUGUGUGUAGAGCAGUUUCUUCUGAUGAGGUGUCAGUGUUCUGUUUGACAGAAUCUCUACACAAGGACAUUACAAAAAUCUCUCAAAUCAGAAUGAUAACUUGGCCCAUGUAGGGUUGUGUCAGAAAAUGUUACUGGUCUUCAAAUCAAAGCUCAUUGGAGGAGGUGGUCCGGGGGAGGGACCUUGCAACCUCUCCUCCAAUGAGCUUUGAGUGGAUUUGAGCUAACAAGGGUGGAGGAAGCAUGGAUUUGACAGCUAAUAAUGUUUUCAGAUGCAACCAAGGUGUUUGUCCACUCAGUCCACUCAAAAUGGUUGCCGCCUGCAGAGGUGUAGCUAAUGUUGGUACGAUGCGCCCACUUCCUGUUGAGGGAUGUUUUGGGCGUUUAGUGUGUUUGAUGAUGAUGAAAAACGGUAUGAAAUGCAAAACCAUGUAUGACUGACUUUUCCGGAGAAUGUAUUCUAUUGUGUGCGUGUGUGUGUGUGUGCGUGUGUGAGACAGUGUGAUACAGAAAGAGUGCAUGUUCUGUGUAUGUGUGUGAGAGAAUGAGACAGCGUGUGUCCGUGUGUGAGUAGCUUGUGAGAUCGAGGUGGAGAAAGAGAGAUACUGUAUGUAGGUACUUUAGUCCAUUUUAUAGAGGGAUAAUUUUUACGUUUGUGUUAGUCGGUUGUACCCAAAGAGAGAAACUGUAUCACAGUGUUUUGCCAUUGUUUGGUCCAUGAAAAUCCAGUAAAGAACAAAUUCAAAUAAAACAGUAGCAGAAGAACAACUCCA